AGCUACUAACCAAAGACUACAAUAUUAUCAAUUAUACUAGACUAACUCAUCUGACAUCUAUAAUACGACGAUCGCCUCAUACUCAAAAACAAUCAACAAAUAUCACAUAUUACGAUAAAAUAAGCCAAACAGCAAGAAAAUGCCUAAAGUUGUUUCCAGGAGUAUUGUUUGUUCUGACACAAAAGACCAAGAAGAAUACAAUGAAACAAAACCACUGCAUAUUUACUAUUGCUUAUGUGGACAAAUGUCGCUAAUUCUGGAUUGUUCAUUGGACAGACUACCACUGCGACCAAUAGACGGAGCUCGAGUCAUUGAUGGUUCAAAACACGCUCAUAAAAUCACUUCAGAUCCUGAUGAAACGAUUUAUUUAAAACGAGAGAAAGGUAUUGAAAGGCAAUACAGAUUAAAAUGUAAGAAGUGUUCUAUUCCCAUUUAUUACAAGCACGAUCAAGAAAGCAAUGUUGUUUUUAUACUAGAGGGUGCAUUGGUGCAGACAGUGGGUGAAGUAACAGACAUCUAUAAACAAGUGGCUUUAGUCCAACCAAAGAAAAUUAUGGUUACAAAACAUACUAAGAAUAUGGGUAAAUUCAGUUCAGUGACAGUUUCCACUAUAGAUGAGGAAGAAGAUGAGAUAGAAGCGAGAGAAGUGGCUGACAGCUAUGCAAAUAAUGCUAGGAUUAUUGAAAAACAAUUGGAAAGGAAAGGAAUGAACAAGAGACAGGCUGAAAUGCCAUCACAAGGCUCCGGUGAAAAAAGAGUUCGAGGUACUUUGAUAGACAAGUAGUUUUUUAUUUAUUGUUUGAACAUUGUAAUAACUAUACAAUUUUUAACUUAUACAAUAUAGCUCAA